CGGUUUUCGAUCGCACGCAUCCCGCGUUUCAGGCCAUAAUUUAGGCUGCAAUAUUGGUAAAAUAGUGUGUAUCCAUACUUUUAACGAUUAACUAGCCCGUCCGUUGUUAGUGGUUUCUAAGGCAACCAUCAGCGCUGUUUGCUUGGAUACGUGUUUCGAUCAUCCCGACAGCAGUACAUCGAUAGCUACCUGAUCAGGCAGAUUGACUGACCGAAGAUGGCCGAUCUGGAUAAGAUCGAAAUUCGCGACGUAACGCGCAUAGAACGUAUCGGCGCCCAUUCGCACAUUCGUGGCCUCGGCUUAGACGAUGUACUGGAGGCUCGCGCUGUCUCGCAGGGCAUGGUGGGCCAAAAGGAGGCACGUCGUGCUGCGGGUAUCGUUGUUCAGAUGGUACGGGAAGGAAAGAUUGCUGGCCGUUGCAUCCUGUUGGCCGGCGAACCCAGUACCGGCAAGACGGCUAUUGCGGUCGGUAUGGCACAGGCGCUUGGCAACGAAACUCCCUUCACCAGCAUGUCCGGUUCAGAGAUCUACUCGCUGGAGAUGAACAAAACCGAAGCUCUGUCGCAGGCGCUACGCAAGAGCAUCGGAUUGCGUAUCAAGGAGGAAACGGAAAUCAUCGAAGGUGAAGUGGUGGAGAUACAGAUCGACCGGCCGGCGACAGGCACCGGGCAGAAGGUGGGCAAAGUGACGAUGAAAACAACCGACAUGGAAACGAACUAUGAUCUCGGCAACAAGAUCAUCGAAUGUUUCAUCAAGGAAAAGAUCCAGGCCGGUGACAUUAUCACCAUCGAUAAAGCUUCAGGGAAGGUUUCAAAACUGGGACGUAGUUUCACACGCGCCCGGGAUUAUGAUGCGACCGGAACGCAAACCCGCUUUGUGCAGUGUCCGGAAGGUGAACUGCAGAAACGUAAGGAAGUUGUGCACACGGUGUCGUUGCACGAAAUCGAUGUUAUCAACAGCCGUACGCAUGGCUUUCUGGCGCUUUUCGCGGGAGACACAGGUGAAAUCAAACAGGAGGUACGGGACCAGAUCAACAGCAAAGUAAUCGAGUGGCGCGAGGAAGGCAAAGCUGAAAUCAACCCGGGCGUCCUGUUUAUCGAUGAAUGUCACAUGCUCGAUAUCGAGUGUUUCUCUUUCUUGAACCGUGCUCUGGAGAGCGAUAUGGCUCCCGUCGUGGUGAUGGCUACGAAUCGGGGUAUUACAAAGAUCCGAGGAACUCACUACCGCAGUCCACACGGCAUUCCGAUCGACCUGCUCGACCGUAUGAUCAUUAUUCGUACAAUACCGUACACCGAGAAGGAAAUCAAGGAGAUUCUGAAGAUUCGUUGUGAGGAGGAGGACUGCCAGAUCAGUAGCGAUGCACUGAUGGUGCUGGGCAGGAUUGCGACCGAAACCAGCCUGCGGUAUGCAAUUCAAUCGAUAACGACCGCUAACUUGGUGAGCAAACGGAGAAAGGGGGCGGAAAUAACGGUCGAAGACAUUCGCAAGGUUUAUUCGCUGUUUCUGGAUGAGAAGCGCUCGAGCAAGAUACUGAAAGAGUACCAGGAUGAGUAUCUUUUCUAUGACGAUAGUCUCCCGCGAACAGGGGCUGACGGUGAACAAACGCAGCCAGCGCAGCAGCAACAACCGAUGGAAGUGGAGGGAAACUAAAAGCCUCACAAGGCAUGCUUGAAUUGUACGCAUAAUUUCAAAAACUAAUAUGUAA